GUCCUGUCCGCAUUGUACUCUUUGCUACUUCCUCACUGGGUGUAGUGCUGCCUGUCUCACUGCUCCUGUCUUCUCUUGUCCUUUCCUGUCCCGUCCUGCGCUAUUUUCGACUUGUCUGGCUCACUCCUACUGUUCUGUCUUGUCCUGCCCUGUCCAAUUCUGUCCUAUUUCCUGCUUGUCGUCGUGUUCCUUCAUCACAGUGUAGCACAUUCUAACUCACUGCUCCUGUCUUGUCUUGUCCUGCGCCAUACCAUCCUGUCUUAUUUUCUAUCUUACUGCCUGAUUUACUUCUACUGUCCUGUACUAUUCUGUCCUUUCCCAUCCUGUACUAUUUGCUACGGGUUGCGUCUCACCCUUAGAGCAUAGCACUGCCCGGUUCACUGCUCCUGUCUUGUCCUGUUCUAUUUUUAAUUCAUUUCAACGCUCAAUUCCUGACUCAGAGGUACAGUCUUGUCCCAUGCUGUGUUACUACAGAGUACACCACUCCUAGCUUGUCCUGUUCUUACCCAACCUGUCCUAUUUGCUAGUCAUUCUUUACAUGGUGUAGCACUUCCUGACUCACUGCUACUUUGCUGUCCUCUUAUGUCCUGUUCUCUUUCCUACUUGUCCGAUCGCUUCCUUACAGGGUGUAGUACUGCCUGGUUCACCGGUACCAUGCUGUCCUAUUUGUGUCCGUCGCGGCUGUUCUUUACAUGGUGAGCACUGGUUGCUACUGUGCUGUUGUUGCACUUCCUUUCCUGUCCUGUCCAGUACUGCCCUGUCCUGCAACCUGUUCCAUCCUGUCCUAUUUGCGACUCAUUGCAUCCCUUUUUCACAGGGUGUACUGCUACUGUCCUGUCCUCUCUUGUUUCCAAUAUUUUCACUCUCAUGUAGCCAAAUAAGGGCACACAAAAAUAUAAGCAGCUCUUAGUUGUCUCAAAGACACCCCAAAUAAAGCUAACCAAGCUCGAGGUACAGCAUGUCAGUGAACUAUUACAUUUAAUAUUGCAUACAUCUGCGAACAACAACCUCUGCUGUCAUUACUGCAUGUUCACUUCUUCACUCGUUUUAUUUUCAUAGGUGAAGUGAGCUGGAAAGAAGAAGUCGAUGUAGCAGGCAUGAUGGCAAAAAAGCCCACACAACUUCUCCUUAUGCUUUGUUCUUCUUUCUUUUUUGAAUGUACAUUUGGUGCAGCCAUGGCGCAGGAGCCGGACGUCAACUACGCCUCGGUGGUGUUCAGAAGUGACAAGUCGUCACCAUCCAGAGCAAAGACGGAAGAAAAAACACUGUACGGCGAGGUCAGAGUGGAAAAGGAGCGGCGUUCCAGCAGAGAGCAGCAGAGCAACGACGAUGACUCGGCCAAGCCGGUGGCGGAGAGCAUAGCUGGCGGACGUCGUGGUCACUGUCAACGUUUGGCUUGUUGCGCUGUGCUUCUCUGCACCACUCUGCUACUCACUGCCGUGGCCGUUUUUCUAUACCAGAGCAGAGUCACAAAACUGGAGUUGGAAAAUGACAAUCUGAUGUCGGAAAGCAAGAACCUGACGGCUCAGAAGGAGCAACUGAGCAUGCAGAUGUUAGCGCUGGAGAGCGAGAUGAGGACCUUAACGCAGCAGAUGGAAAAUCUGCAGGCCCGAGUCAACGACUUCAACAAAUUCAACAUCAGUCGGGCUCAGCGGACCCUCGACCAUUACUGUCCUCGGAAAGAAGACGGAUCGAACCGGACGUGCAAUGCCUGUGAAAAUGGCUGGUUAUACUUUGAGUCCCGCUGCUAUCUCAUCAACAAUGCGGACAUCCCUUACCUGAAAACUUGGGAAGAGGCACGUCGGGAAUGCAGCGAAAGUAAUUCCCAACUGGUGGUUGUGGAAAACGCCAGCGAAAUGAGUUACAUCCGAGACAACAGCUGGGGCAGCCAAGGCAACUUUGGCUACUGGCUCGGCCUGAAAGCGGAAGGCGGACGAUGGAAGUGGCUCGAUGGCAGCGAGCUGACCCCGGAGCAGAGCUGGCAAAAGUCCUGGAUACCGCAGAGUCAAGUCCGCAACGGACUUUGCGCCAUCUCUGUGACCAACGAAAAGCUGAAGGCGGUUGAAUGCUCCGAAAGACAGCGGUGGAUCUGCAAGAAGAUGCCAUUAUCGCUAUAAAUUGGGCCCACAGCCCUCAGCGCAGCAGCACCCACCCACCCUCUGGAAUUCUGGACAUUUUCAAACAAAAACUUUCACAUAACUUCCUAAACAAUAAUAAACACGCAUAAUAAUUCCUAUUGUAACUGAUGUAACUAUUCAUCUGCAUCGUUCAUUUCCUAAAGAGAAGACAAACUAUUGAGGUUGAACUCACCUAAAAAGAAAAGAUUUAAGCUGUUGAUGUUUCCUUUUAUGCACUGUCAAUAAAUUGCUCCUGUUGACACAAACGAUAAAGCAGUUUGUUUUGCCUUUUGUUCCCAUACUGUACCCAAAGUGGACUGAAUUAAGAAGUUAAAACUGAGGUAGCUACCGAACCGCGAUAAUACAUCUCUGUGGUAUCACACAAAGUUCGGGAUAUUUGGCUUCUGGGUCCUUUUUUAAGGAUGAACCUAAAAUGCACUAUAACCUUUACAGGUCAACUUAAAUUUGACAUUCUCUAAGCUUUUGAAUGCACAUGUCCAACUGUUCAAUAUUUCAGUACUUUUUGAAAAACGUUUUGAUCUCUAGGGAACUGAAUACCAAAAUUCACUUCACAGGUGUUUUUUGUUAUUUUAUUUACAACGUCUGCU